UCCCAUGGCGCCAUGGCAUUCCAGGGCCGCACGCCGCAGCGCCGGCCAUGGACGCCGUGCUACCUCCCCUCCUCAUCGGCGGCGUACUCUCAGUCUCCGUCUCCACCGCCACCAAAGCCGCCAGCCGAGCCAUUUCAGCCCCCCACCGCUCGCCCUCCGCCCUCCGUUUGACCUCUGCCCAUCGGGGCCGGCACGGCUUCCCCCUCCUCGCCACUGCUUCAGAGUCGCCUUCCACCCCGCUAGCCGCCGCUUUGUCUGAGAGCCACUCGCGCUCUCCCUCAAGGUGGGUAGUGGUGAUGGAUAGCCCCCCCGGCGGCCGCGGGAGGCAGCGGGGUCUCCCGCGCGGACGCUGUCGAUUAUUACGCCUCCACACUGGCCGGGGUCGUGGGGAGUGAGGAGGAUGCGCAGAUGCGCAUAUACGAGGCUUCGUGGGAGGGAAGCUACAAGUUCCGCUGCGAGAUCGACGAGGAAGCGUCAAAGGAGCUUGCAAGUUAAAGACUCUUGGUGUAUAUUGAAUUAAGGAAUUAUAUCGUGGUGUUAAAGACUAUGACCUUUUAUUUGGGAGGUACCGUCUUCGAUCUUCAAAUGUAUCAUUUAUUAACAUUUCGUACCGUAUUCGUGUGAUUUUCCUAUGAGAAGUGUGAGAUGCAAUGCGAUCUUCUUUAGUACGAGUUAUGUUUGUCGUGCUAGUUCGCCCCACCUAAAAUUUCUAGCUAGCUCCGCCACUUGCAGUUGCUAUCAAGGUUUUCAAACAUGAUCAGCUUGGAGUACCAAAGAGCUUCCUUACUGAGUGUGAGGCAUUGAGGAACACUCGGCAUCGUAAUCUUGUAAGGGUGAUUACUGCAUGCUCAACAUUUGAUACAUCAGGACAUGAAUUCAAAGCUCUUAUUCUUGAAUAUAUGCCGAAUGGUAGCCUAGAGGGCUGGCUCUAUCCUAAACUGAACAAGUGUGGAUUGAAAAGACCAUUGAGUUUGAACUCCAGAAUAACAAUAGCAACGGACAUAGCUUCUGCUUUGGAUUAUCUACACAAUCGUUGUUUGCACCCUGUGAUACAUUGUGAUUUGAAGUCCAGCAAUAUCCUUCUUGAUGAUGUUAUGGGUGCACGUCUUGCUGACUUUGGGUUGGCUAAGUUUCUUCGAACUUUUAGUCAUUCUUACCAUCAUAGUUCUACAAGCUUACUGGGACCAAGAGGAUCAAUUGGAUACAUUGCACCAGAGUACGGCUUCGGGAGCAAACUCUCAAGUGAAGGUGAUGUCUACAGCUAUGUAUUAGAGAUAUGUAUAGUUGACUUGCCUUGUACUCUAAGUCUUGUAGACUCUUACUUGUACAUCAAGCCAUCUCAGCUAUAUAUAUAUAUAUGAAAGGUCACCCCCCAAUCAGGGUGUGUGGUGUUUCCCCAAUCUCUAUCUCUCUACAUGGUAUCAAGAGUCCGGGCCUAGUUUCCUGGUCUCACCCCUUCCGCAACCCUAACUCCCGUGCGCCGCCGCCCGGCCCGCACGUCCAACACCCACCAGGCCGCGCUCGCCCCCUGCUUGCGCCGCCGCUGCGCUAGUCCCUGACCUAGCGCCAUGUCGGCGUCCUCCACCACGUCGGCCACCAGCCCUAGCACCGGCCAGGGCACCCUCCCCGCCGCGCACGACUCCGUCGUUCCGGUCUUCGUCAAUCCGUACGCCUCCGUCAACAUCAAGACCCACGUCCCCAUCGAGCUCGACCUCUGGCUGCCCGACUACAACAAGUGGAAUGCCUUCUUCACCGCCAUGUGCGGCAAGUUCGGCCUUCUAGGUCACAUCGACGGCACCAUCGCGACCCGUUUGGCUGAUCCCACCUGGAAUGAGCCCGACGCUUUUGUGCGCAGCUGGAUGUACGGCUCCGUCUCCGAUGGCGUCCUUGACCUAGCCAUGGCGCCGGAUCAGACCGCCCGCGACCUCUACACGGCCAUCCGUGAUCUGUUCCAGGUGAACCAGGAGCCGCGCGCUGUCAUCCUAAACCAGGAGCUCGCUUCCUCGACUCAGGAUGAUCUCCCCAUCGAAGCCUACGCCGCGCAGCUGAAGCAGAACGCCGACGCUCUUCGCGACAUCGGCCACCCCGUGCAGGACCGUCAGCUGGUGCUCACCUUGCUGAACGGCCUCAACCCGCGCCUCUCCAACACCGCCGAUUUCAUCGCCAACACAAGGCCGCUGUUGUCCUUCACCUCGGCGGUUAACAUGCUUCGUCUGAAGGAACUCCGCCUCGCCAACGACAACAAGGUCGCCUCCAACUCUGCCCUUACCGCUUCAACUACGGCUGCCUGUACCUCACCUUCCUGCCGCUCCACGCCUCGUCCUCACAGCCCUCAUGGCGGUGGCAAGGGCAAGGGCAAGGGCGGCAAGGGUGGCGGCAACGGCGGCGGCAACAGCGGUGGCGGUGGUGGUCGCGGCGGCGGCCGCAACCAACAACAGCACGGCGGCCAGGGUUCCCAGAAUGGAACGCAACCCGGUGCCCCGCCCAACAGCCCAUGGGUCUGCUUCAACCCAUGGGCCUGGGGCCCACAGUAGCAGUGGCGUCCUCCCAUGGCGCCGUUCCCUCAGGAACACACUGCCUUCGCACCGUCGCAGGUGUCGCCUCCUGCGCUGGCGCCCGCCGGCUACCUUGCGCCAGGUGGCUAGGACCAGGCGGGUCUCAUUGCCGCCCCGAACCAGAUGGCACUUCAGGGCGCCAAUCCAUGGGUGCUCGACACCGGAGCGACAUCGCACAUGUCCUCCAAAUGACGGUAUCCUUUUCUCCCGCCUUCCCCAUUUGCCGUCUUUCAUUACCGUCGGCAAUGGCUCUUCUAUCCCAAUUUGUAGUCGUGGCACUUCUACCUUGUCUCUAGCUGAUCACACCUUUAAACUCAAUAAUGUUCUUGUCGCUCCUCAACUUGUACGCUACUUACUAUCUGUUCGACAGUUUACUCGCGACAAUAACUGUUCUAUUGAGUUUGACGCCCUUGGCUUUUCUGUGAAGGACGCGAAGACCAGGACCGUGAGUCUUCACUGCAAUAGCGAUGGGGAUCUUUACACCAUCCCCUCCACCCUGCCCCAGCCUCCUAUCAUCUUGCCGAUGCCUCCGCCUUGCUGUGGCAUUCACGUCUUGGUCAUCCUGCGCCUGCCGCCAUAGCUUCACUUAAUAAGUUAUCAGUUAUUUCAUGUAAACAUACCAUACGUGGUCUCUGUCAUGCUUGCCAGCUUGGCAAACACUUUCGGUUCCCAUUUACUAGUUCAUCAUCUAGCACUUCAGCUCCCUUUGAACUCAUUCAUUGUGAUGUUUGGACAUCACCAGUGCUCAGUAUUUCUGGUUUUAAAUAUUAUCUUGUGAUAGUCGAUGAUUUCAGUCACUAUUGUUGGAUGUUUCCUCUUAGGCAGAAAUCAGAGGUUCAUAAUCAUAUUGUCAAUUUUGUUGCUUACGCUCACACUCAAUUCAGCUUGCCUAUUCGCUGCUUUCAGGAAGAUAAUGGCACCGAGUUCGUCAACAACGCCACUGCUACGUGCCUCGCUGCACAUGGCGUUCUUCUUCGCACCUCGUGCCCUUACACCUCUGCUCAGAAUGGCAAGGCUGAACGGGUGCUACGCACCUUGAACAAUACCAUCCGCACCCUACUGAUCCAUGCCUCCAUGCCUCCCACCUACUGGGCGGAAGCUUUGGCCACCGCUGUAGUUUUGCUCAACCGGCGCCCCUCCACGUCCAUCAACAAUGACAUUCCCUGCCAUCGGCUAUAUCACAAGAUGCCAGAUUACUCCAUACUUCGGGUCUUUGGCUGUCUGUGCUAUCCUAACCUUAGUGCCAUGACAUCUCACAAAUUGGCUCCUCGCUCAUCAGCCUGCGUCUUCAUCGGUUAUCCUUCCUCCAAGAAGGGCUAUCGCUGCCUGGAUCUCUCCACUCGUAGAGUGAUCAUAUCUUGACACGUUGUGUUUGAUGAAGCAAACUUUCCAUUCGCGGUUACCAAGCCGCCACCGGAAUCACUUAACUUCCUUGUGCAGGGUCAUCCUCCCGCGCCAGCUCCGUCCUCGGACGUUGAGCGGACGCGGUCCUCCAUCGAUCAGUCGGACCUGGCCAACCUGGACCUGCCAUUAUUUGGCAUGG